UUAUGUUUUGGCCGCUGCCCGAGGUCAUCAUUCUGCUGCGGUGUGCGACCCUGUCUUGGUCAUGGAUGUCCCCGUGUGGGUGGAUGUAUGCCUGGACUGCUGGCGUUCGGUGUCUAGUACCAUGUGGGUACAGAGGUUUGGCUGCAUGUCAGCAUCUCUGAAGACUCACCCAUGCAGAUCUUCCUUUAACGUGCCUGGACCGAACGCCGCCGAACUACAAGCAGCUGUGGAAUGUGCGAAAAACUCCUGAAUCUACUGGACAGCUUGGUUUUUGCCCUCGAGACACACAUCUUACCAAAAACUACAGUUGAAUUUCUAACCAGAAAAGGCAAAGAAAAUUAUUGGAGCAAUGAACGUCACACCAACAGCUGUAAGCACAAACACAACAUUGUGUGUUAAUAUUGGGGAAAGCGCCAUCAGUGACUUGCUGAUGUCCGUGUACAUCCUGGCUUUCAUUUUUGGGCUGAUCUUCAACGUGCUGACCCUUGGCCCCAUUUGCCAACAAGUGCGGCGGCAAAAUGUUCUGGGAAUCUUCCUGCUCAACCUGUCCCUCUCCGACCUGCUUUUCCUCUUCACCAUGCCCCUUUGGAUCAAUUACUACCGAGAGGACCAUCAUUGGAGGCUAGGUCCUCAGUCCUGCAGUGUAGCAGGCUUCUUCUACUACACCAACAUGUACAUCAGCAUCUACCUGCUCUGCUGCAUCUCCGUGGACCGCUGCCUGGUGGUCACCUACCCGCUCCGCUCCAAGACCCACAGGACGUCCUGCUACGCCUGGGCUCAGUGUGCCACGGUGUACGUUGUGGUGAUAGUGCUGCACAUCAUUGUACUGUAUUAUGACAAUCUCACCGACGCCCAUGACGAGGUCAACAACAACGACCGCUGUUAUGAGACCUACCCCAUGAAGAGCCCCGUGCCCUUGUUCAACAUGCUCAGGGUGGGCGUCUGCUUCCUGGUACCCCUACUGGUGCUGACGGUGAGCUACUGGCGAGUGCUGGCCACCGUGGACCAGAGUCCCGGCCUGAGCGCCCAGGCGAAGAAGAAGGUCCGCCUGCUGUCGUUUGGGGUGAUUGGGAUCUUCUCCAUCUGCUUCGCUCCGUAUCACAUUUUCCUGCUCAUCCGCUCGCUAGUCUUCUACAACAGCAAUGAUGUUGAAAAACCUGAAGGAAGUUACUGCCAGUUUGAACAGAAUGUGCACUUUUCGUUCUCCUGUACUCUGGCGCUGUCCAGUCUGAACUGUGUGGUGGACCCAGUGCUGUAUGUGUUAGUCAGUUACGGAGUCCAGGAGGAGGUCAAACUGUGUUGUAGAAGGCAAAGAAAGACACAUACUUCGAACUCUACUUUAACUAAUAAUGCCAGAGGACAGCCUAAUGCUAACUUAAUUUGAAACUGAAGAAAUGUGCGUGAAUACGUGCACUUUUGCAUUUGUAUUCAGUGUGUGUAUAUGUGUGUAUUUGGAUGUAAAGUGAGUAUGUAACAGGAAUAUUAACAUCCCAUAACCACCUCUUCAUCAGAUGCUUUUUUCCUCCCUCAUAUCUUGCAGAGGAAAGAGUGGGUUGUUGAAUAAAACACGUCUCAGAGCUCUUUAAUUGGAUUGUAUUCCCCAGUUCUUUUCUUCAAAGAAUUCUGUAGUGGCGGCCACUUCUGCUUUCUGGCAACGCUGCUGGAAUUGAAGAGCACUUGUGUUCCAAUCUAUACAAGGAGGUUGUGAUUGUGAUUGUGCGACUCUGGUAUAUCUCAAAUUAACCCUAAAGCAUGCAAAAAACCCCCACAUAUUAGCGUAAGCGUGUGUCUGUAUCGUCAAACAUUUAGUGAAAUGUGAAUAUAAAAUCAAAGAAAUCCAAGGUUCAUAAAUAAAAUGGGUGAUGAACAAUCGGCAGUUGGCCUUUUAUUCAUUUCCAAAAUGAAAUUGCGUGUAAGUCAGUGUGAAGUUGCUAAAGGAAGCAAUUUCAAAUGUUUGAAAAGGUAAAGAAGGUUAAAAAAAAGCUGAAAAGAGCAGGUCGAUGGAGAAUAUAAAGACUCUUAUUGCUCUGUUUAAUAAUGUGUCCAUUUUAGUGUAUCGUAGUUUAUAAUCAAAACAUCAAAUGGGCACUCGACAAAUAACUAUAUGCUCUCAAGUGUGAUGAGGUUUGUAACAUGUUCUCUUCCCUUAAAAGUCUCUACUGCAGACUUGUCUUUCUGUAUAUGGAGACAGGACACUCCUGUACUACUAAAAUGUUUUAUCUUAAAACAAUAUGUUGUUGGUGAAAAUGUAACUGCUGCCUGGUUUAUGGUGAGCGGUAAUGUUUUUCUUGAAACGAUAUGGUUUGAAAUUUAUUUGAAAUAAUGAACAUUUUAUUAAAACGUUCCCUUAUUGUGUUGGUAGAAAAGUAA